AUGGCAGACUGGUCUUUCUAUGACUACAGCCCCAGCAAGGCGGGAGCGAUCAUUGCACUCAUUUGCUACGCAAUUAGUGCUGGCUACCAUGUUUUUCAAAUGAUAAAGUUGAAGUGUUACUUCUUCACAACAUUCAUCGUCGGGGCAAUAAUGAUGACCUUGGGCUAUGUAUUUCGUACCGCUUCAGCAGGUGAUACGACCGCUAUGGGCCCCUAUAUCGGACAAAACGUUUGCAUCCUAUUGCCACCCUCUCUUUACGCCGCUACUAUAUAUAUGAUAUAUGGUCGAAUCGUUAUCUAUGCCGGAGAGCCGGACCUGUCCAUUGUGUCGCCACAAAAGGUGACCAAGAUUUUUGUGAUCGGAGAUGUGCUCGCAUUCCUGACACAGGCAUCCGGCGGCGGUAUGAUGGCGAACUCCGCUAUGGCGGACAUGGGACAGAUCAUAACCAUCGUUGGCCUUUUUAUCCAACUCAUCUUCUUCGGAGCAUUCCUCACGAUCUCGAUUAUAUUUGGCCGGCGGGUCCAGCAGACCAAGACUGCGCUGCGUGGCUUGCCGUAUGGAUCUUUACUCUAUGUUUUAUUUGCGGUCUCGGGUUUGAUUAUUUUUCGGUGUCUAUAUCGCAUUGUGGAAUUUUGCCAAGGGAAUGACGGGUACCUGAUGAAGCACGAGGUAUUUAUGUACAUCUUUGACACGAUCCCGAUGUUUGCGGUCCAGGCUGUGUUUCAUUUUUACCACCCGGCAAGAUAA